GGUUGUAUCAUUGUCCAUCACUGCCUGAACGUAGUUACAGAGCUAGUUAUCUCAGCAAUAAGUAUGCCCUCGCCAGUUUUCCUUGUGAUCCUGUGUGCCAUUUCCGGCAUUACUGCUGCUAACAAAAAGUCACCACGGCCCAGUCUGAAAAUAUUCAGAGAUGAUUAUGCCACUGUUGUUAAAACAUGCGAGGCUGUUGGUUAUGUGAAAGACAAAUGUAAAACCAUGAGAGGAAACUCCAUUGUAGCAUUCAAUGCCAAAGCCAGUUCUACUCACUCUAUUAGCGGUCAGACCAGGGCCACGUUUAACAGUGUAGAUCUAAACAUAGGAGGUGGCUACAACGCCGCAAAGGGGAUCUUCACUGCACCGAAAUCUGGGAUCUAUGUCUUUGAGUGGACAAUAAUGACAUAUGCAAGCAAAACCGCUUACACCGCUCUGAAGGUGAACGGCAAACAGAAUGCUUUAAGCCAUUGUCAUAAUAACAAUCAUGGAAUUUACAUGUUUUGUACUAAAUUGACCAUUGUAAGAAUGGAAGCAGGACAAGAAGCCUGGAUUUACAGUUGGUCUGGAACCUCCUAUAUUUAUGGAAGUAAUAUUAGUUCAUUUUCUGGUUUCAAGUUAUAAAUGUGAGCAAGUUCACAAAAAUGAAAUAAAGAGGAAAUUUGAAAGCACGUUGAUA